AUGUAUCGUGGGCCAUCGCAGGUCGCAGCAAGAGUAGACUCCAAGCCUUACACAGAGAACUUCAACUUGAAGAACCAAAAUGGCUGUUGUGCUGUGUACGCUCUUGACCUCGCCUCCGAUGAAGCCAUCUCCGAACUCGUCAAGACAUCCCGUGUCAUUAUAAAUACUAUUGGCCCUUAUGCUACCACAUGUGGAACGUCUGUGAUCAGAGCCUGCGCUGAGAAUGGUACCGAUUAUGUGGAUUGUAGCGGAGAGCCCGCCUGGAUGCGAGGCAUUAUCGCCCAGUAUGACACGAUAGCCUGUAAAUCAGGCUCAAGAAUUAUUAUGACCGCUGGCUGGGCUGCCGUUCCCGCAGAUCUAUCCGUUUAUCUCGCCGCUCUGAAACUUCAACGUCACUUCUCUCUUCCUACUCGCGAAGUCCUGGUCUGUCUUGAAGACGUCCGCGGGUCUUUUAGCGGCGGAAGCCUCAGCUCACUGUGUAGCCUCGAGCCCGUCCACAUGGCCCCUUUUGAUUUAUCUCCCGUGCCUAGGACUGAACAGCAAGUGGCCAAAACGAGGGUUCUCCCGCCCCCCAACGCUUUUGACGUCCAGAUUGUUGAUGAACUGGGCGUUUUAGUGGAAAGUACCCAUGCACAGAUAGAAGAGGCUGUCGUCGGCCGAAGCUGGGGCUUAUACGCUGGUCAUGGAUCAGACUCCCUGAGCCCAGAUGGCUACGGAAAGGAUUUCUUCUUCUCAUCACGAAUGAAGUGUUCUAAUGCUGUAUCAGCAUUAAUGUUUCGAACAAGCCUCUCCCUUCUCACAAAUGCCAUCACGAAAAUACCUCCUGUGCGCUACUUGGCCUCCCGGAUGUUCCCACCAUGA